AUGUCCGACUUCUCCUCCAUCGCUCAACAGUUCGUUGAGUUCUACUACAAGACCUUCGACGGCAACCGUGAUGGUCUCGCCCCGCUCUACCGCGACCAGUCGAUGCUCACCUUCGAGACCAGCUCCGUCCAGGGUACCGCUGCUAUCGUCGAGAGGCUGAGUAGCCUUCCAUUCCAGCAGGUCCGUCACCAGAUCGCCACCUUUGAUGCCCAGCCCUCCAGCGAAGGCGGCAUCAUUGUUCUGGUUACCGGUGCUCUCCUGGUCGACGAGGAGCAGAAGCCCAUGAGCUAUACCCAGCUCUUCAAGCUGCAGCCCGACGGUGCCGGCAGCUACUUCGUUCUCAACGACGUCUUCCGCCUGAUCUACGCCGCAUAAACGCGCGACACGGAUGAAUAGAUACGACGCGAUGACGGGGGGAUAUCUCUUUGUGAGGUGGACCGUGGCCCGGGGAUGCAAUUGUCAAUGAAAAUCUCUAGAGUCAAUAUCUCUACGGGGUACCGCCCACUUUGGACGAGACGAAUUUAAAUCAAAUCUGUUCUCAUUGGAAA